UCGCCACUGAAAUUGUAAACUAUAGUUAUAUGUGCUAUAGUGAGAUAAAGAUAGGUGAUCGGAAAGCGAAAGAGAAAAAGAGAGAGAGAGAAAGUCCGGUCUCUUUGAUCAAUCCUCGGAAGCAAACUCGGGGAUGUUCGCUAUCCACAUAAAGCAGAUUACACGCUGUGAGAACUGAUAACUAAUGUGGGUUGCUCCAUGGUGGGUAGCGGUUUGAGGUUAGGUCUCGUUCAAACCGCGACACAUGAAUUAUCGAUUGGGCAUCUUCGGCGUUUAGCGUGACCAAAACAAUAUCGUAACGGUCGUUAUACGAGGACGAUUGUGUGUUUAUAUAUAACAAUGGUGAAGAACAAACCGGCGUAUCGUAGGUUAAGCUCACGCCGGGGUUCCCUCAACGUUGUAACAUCAGUGAAUGACACCCGGGAGCAACAUUGAUUCAACGAAGAUGAGCCGGCUAUGGAACUACUUAGUAUUUCAGGCAUGGAUGUCCUACCUAAUGGCAGCCGGCUUGUUGGUGUUCACCAGUGGCUUUCUCCUGAAUCGCGUCUCCAGGCCGGAACGGGCGGAGUGUACGCGAUGCACGGCGGCCGAUGAUUGCGACACGGUAAACAUCUUCCAGGACACGGAGCACGCCGCUAAAAUAUGCUUGGAGCGCAGAGCGCGAGUUGUGGUCUUGAUUGUCGAUGCCUUGAAAUACGAAUUUGCAGAAUGGUAUGAGGAUAAUGCUGCCGUGUCCUCUUACCAUCGUAACAAGAUACCCGUGAUUCAUGAACUAUUACAGAAAUAUCCGUCGCAUUCCCGCUUGUAUAAAUUUAUAGCCGAUCCACCUACCACGACUAUGCAGCGCUUGAAGGGUCUUACUACAGGUUCCCUACCCACUUUCAUAGAGGUAGGAUCAAACUUUGCCUCAGAAUAUAUCCAAGAAGACAAUCUCAUUGACCAAAAUGCCAUUGGAGGUAUUGUUUUUAUGGGGGAUGACACGUGGACCAAUCUAUUCCCGGAUAAAUUCAUGAGGCAAUUCCCGUCACCAUCGUUCAAUGUCUGGGAUCUGGACAGUGUUGAUAAGGAUGUCCAAUAUCGCAUUUUCUUUGAAAUGAAGAAAAAAGACUGGUCGCUACUGAUAGCGCAUACACUUGGAGUUGAUCACUGCGGACACAAGCAUGGCAUGCAACAUCCAGAAAUGACAAGGAAAUUGAAUGACACAAAUACGCUUAUAAAAGAGAUUGUAGCAUCGCUUGAAAAAGAUAUGAUGCUUUUCGUUGUUGGGGAUCAUGGUAUGACUGAUACAGGAGAUCAUGGUGGUGACAGCUCUAAUGAAGUUGAGGCUGCAAUGUUUGUUUAUUCAACAACUCCACUAUUAAAGGGAUUUACGAUCAAGGAUGACAAUAGUGUAAAUCAAAUUGAUCUCGUUCCUACUUUGGCAUCCAUCCUUGGCACACCAAUUCCUUUUUCUAACUUAGGAUCUGUAAUACUUGACUGUUUGCCAAGUAAAGUAGAAGAGACUGCUAGUCAAUUAUUAUAUCCGUUACAUUCUUUAUGGAGAAACAUUGCCCAAACGAAAAAAUACAUAGAGAUAUAUUCCGCAGAUACAUAUUUGUUUUCAAAAGAGCAACUGCAGCAUUUACACUACAUAUAUAGUCUUCUCUCUGAACGAGUUAAACAAGUUGAUAAUUUUGAAAAGCUAGAAAUCUUCAUUCGUGAUACCAAAGGUUAUUUCAAAUUAUUAAAAGAUACUUGUUCUGAAGUAUGGAUUCAAUUUGAUUCUGGUUUAAUUUCAAAGGGUUUACUUUUGAUGUUUUGUUCCUUGUUUUUCUUUUAUCUUUUCAUCACUGGUAUUCCCGAAAAUCGUAUGUGUGAUAUAUUCAAAUCUUCAUUUUUACAAUGUGCUAUCAUAGCCAAUUUAGUUACUGCAGCAAUUACCAUAUGUUUGUUCUUAUUGAAUAUUUUAGAAGAAUUGAGGAAUACGAUUUUUUUUGUUACUGGAGCUGUUUCUAUUAGUUUAUUAGUUAUAGUAAUUGCUCAAAAUUGGGAUGUUAUAUCAAUGUGUUGGUACGAUCAUCGUCGAAUUAAGUUGUUGACCUAUGUUGCUAGAAUAAUACUUCUUCUAACGGUAUGUGGGCUAUUCUCCAACAGUUACAUAGUUGAAGAAGACAAAGUGUUAUCCUUUUUAUUUAUUACACUUAUUUGUUUGAUCAUAUUUGACUUAAGAAAUGAUUCCGAUAUUUCUUCCGAGAGGAAGACAAGAUUUACUUCAAAGCCAUCAAAAUCAAACUUCAGAACGAUUUUAUUAAUUAUUGGUUUAUUAUCGUGUGCCUCGGUGAGGCUGUCGCAUUAUUUCUGGCGUUGUAGAGAAGAGCAUCUACAACGGGAAUGUUCUAUAUUUGCAACUGGAAAAGUUGGUUGGUCCACAAUGCCGAAUAAUUGGGAGCGUGCUCUGCUUGCUGUUUUACUCGCCUCAGUUAUCCUGGCAUCAUACGUGGUGAUUGUUAGAUUAUGGUUGCAAAGUUGUGGAAAUCUCACAGGCUUUGCCCCGAGCGUCAUGGUGGGACAAUAUUGUCCGAUUAUAAUAAUCGUUUGCAUGGGUUGCUAUUGGAUUCUACAAAAGCUUCCGAAGUUCGUCAAGCCAAAACUCGCGCUGUCCUGGGAGAUCAAUACAUUACCUAACGUAAUUUAUUUCUUCUGUAUCCUCGCAAUUUUCGUCCUUUAUUAUCGUCCACUUAGUAUAUAUUUGCUGCCAAAAAAGAAGGAAUCCAUCGAUGUCUAUCAUGAUGAAAAUAUAGUGCCUCGGUUAUUUGAAAAGAUAAAAGACUCCAUUUCGCGUAAGCGAAUAGAUACUGAUGAACUUCCAGUCAUUUAUGGUUUCGGGACUGCCUAUAGCGCUGCAUUUAUUUCAUUAAGCGUAUUCCUCACACUUUUAUACGCAUUAUUGUUGGGAGAUACUCUAUCACCUGGUACAUUUUUGAUGUUUAUAACGUGCGCUUGUAUAUUGGGUUUAUCUGCGAUAGAGAGAUAUAAAAAUGCUAAUAAUAUUUCUGAACUAGUUGACGUAUCAAUGCCUGCACUACUUUGCUGGUUUUUACUGGCUGAAUAUUUCUUUUACGGGACUGGCCAUCAAGCAACGUUUCCAACCAUUCAUUGGCAUGCUGCCUUUGUAGGAACUGGUGGUCACUUUUACGGAAACUUAGUGUCAGCAAUUUUAAUUGGUAUCAAUACGUUUGGAUCGCAUAUUAUACUGGGUGCAACAUUACCAUUAUUAGUGAUCGUGCCAUUCACAUUGCAUCGGGUAUUUCCAAAAUUUCUCAAAGCGAAGUUUCUCGAUGACAUAAAGAGAGGGGAACUUCUUCUGUUUGAACAAGAUUCUGCUUUUCAUGCUGCAAUUUUUGCGAUUGCGGGAAAAUACACGUUGCUUCAUGGAAUCCGAACUUUCGGCAGCAUGCUCGCGGCAACUAUACACUGUCGACAUUUAAUGGUUUGGAAGAUAUUCGCACCAAAAUUAAUAUUCGAGGGAUUAGGAUUCCUGGUAACGUUGGGUAGUAUAUUAGCAUCGUUUUACAUGGUAUUCCGUAUUGAUCAACAAAUGGAAUAUCUUAUUACCAGAGUCACAAAAGGCAGAUGAUAGUGACUCACUCUUAAGGAAGUAUAGUACAAUCAAUAGCAAGGUACCAAAGUCAUAAGAAUACCUCGCUUUUGUGACGAAUCCGAAAGGCUCGUUACUUACGAAUAUAGAUCGUAUUUCUAGUAAUUCGAGCUAUAAAGAUAUGAAAUGAGCAACAGAUAAGUCUAUGCUUAUCACGAUACUGCCAAUAUUUCCACAAUUUUGUAUGAAAGUGUAACAAGGGUAAAAACGAAGUCAGGUAUAUUAUCUAGCAAGUACUAUAAAUAACAUUUUCGUACCGAAGUAAACAAACUUGUCUCUCCACUUCUUUAAGAUAAUAUUAAUGUUAAAUAAUAAUGUCCACUUCUUAUAGAACGCUAUGUCGCGUAACCAAAUUGAUGCUUCCUAACACACUAACGCUACCCUGCGUGCAAUGCAUUGCUGAUUAAAGACGAACAAAGCAACGCACUUGAUGCAGGAUUGCGUCCGUGUGCCGCGAUCUGUCUGUGUGACUGAUGAGUACAUCAGCAUAUUACUGCUAUUAUUAGAAUAUGAUUAGAUAGAAAAUAGACACUAGAUAGCUUAGAAAGAACAUUCACUUUUCAUAUUCUUCGGUACAUAAAAAAGUAUUAUGUAUUAUGAUUGAUGAAAAAAUGAACGGUACAAUAAAUCCAGCAUUUUAGAU